AUCAUCUGUUUACUUUUUUGUUUUGUCAACUUUUUAUUUUCAUCUUUGAUUUCAAUUUAAAUUGUUCAAUUGUUUUAUUGGUAUUUUUGUUAUUUUUCAUCUUUUAUUAAUCAUGAACAAUGGUAAAUCAGAUGAUCUUGUGGCUGACAUGAUUGUACCGGAAAGAAUAAUUGUCAUUGGUGGAGAUAAAAUGGCUUACAGAGAGAUUCUCCCUGAGGUUGGAUUUGAAAGUCAUCUAUUAGGAGAUACUCGUAACAAUCCAAUUGAUUUGCCUUCUCCACCCUCAAUUCUAACUUAUCAAUCAUAUUCUAAAUUCAAUGAUGAUUUUAAAUGGAGAGAUGAGAUGACCCCUGCCAAACCAAAUCGUGUAAAAAUAGACCCAAUGGUGACCAGUAACGACGAUUUUACCCCAGUGAAAGAUGAUUAUACACCAAUGAGAGAUUCUCGGAUGAUGAGUAGUUUUGACAGUAGUGCAACUCCAGCUGAUGUGGUUACUACUCUAAAGCAACAAAUAAGAUCACUGAAUCGACGGAUAUCUGCCAUUGAACGAGAAAAUCGUCAAAAAGAUCAGCGAGAUAUGAUUAUUUAUUCUGUUGGUUUAGUUUAUAUCGCUAUGAAAGCUUUAAUGUACAUCAAAAGAAAUAUUUUAUGAACAUUUCGUCAAAUUGUAACAUGAAUCAGGACCCACAAACACAAUUAAAACACUCACACAUCCAAACGAAACGCCAUCAUUGUGGUUAUAUGAGAUAGACUAUUCCAAUCCGAUUCGGAUUUCUAACCAAUGAAUCAAACCAAUUAGCAGUAAUUACGAUACUCUUUUAAAUUGACCAACAAUUUACUGUAAAAAAAACAAAUACAGAAUCAAAAAGAAUUCAAAUUUGUUAAAACAA